GUUUGAAUUAUUAUUUUAACAAAAUGAGUAAACUAAGUUCACUUAUCGAGUCCAACACAUUCAGCGUGAACACCUCUGAAUGCAGUACCAGCGAAGGUAUCAGUGCCUCCACAAUGCCUAUCCCCCAAUUCAUCUCUGGCCUCCGUCGCUUCAACACAAAGCAGCCUCUGGAGAAUGGAUCUGAAAUUCCCAAAAUCCUAAGCACUCCUUCCAAAUGCUUGACUGGACCUCUUCCGAAACUGUUGUGCGAAGCUUCUCAGACCCAGCCGACCCAAGCCAGCAGCUGAGGCUCUCGAAGGCCUUCGGUAAACGCUGCAGAUUGUCAAGAAAAGACAUUGAUUCAUGGGUCUUCCUUUUGGGUCUGAACAGAUACACAGACUGAAGAUGACGAAAAUAGAAACAUAAGUCUGUCAGAGAGGAAACAUUGAGUCUACAAGCCCUUGAGUGUCCAGCAAAAAAGAGCAGAUGUAUUUCAGGUGUCAAGGAAUCCAAGUAAAAUUGAAAUACUCCUGAAAAUGGAUACGAGGCAUUCGACUCCGGUGAAACAUGCUUGGUGAGAAACAGAGAAUCUAACUUCGUUUGAAGCUUUUGAAGAGUCUUGAUGUCACCAUCCAAGGCCAUCAAACACUCCAUUCAAAUACUGAGAGGGUUUAUGGCCUGCUGGCAAGCCUCUUGAAGUUAACCAGCAAGUUGAGAUAUCUGACCUUGACAAACAAAUCUUCAAUCUCAAGAAACAGGCUUGAGAGCUAGUAAAUAAAAUUGAUCAAUUAACCGAUGAAAACUCUCAGCUCACUGAUGAGUUCAACUCUUUAUUAUAUAACAAACUUUAACUCGGACUCUUCGGUUCUGAAGUUGCAACCUGAAUAUGGAAUUUCAUUAGCUGUUGACUCGAUAGUAUAAGCGUUGCCAAUUGUGUCUGUAACUUUAAAGUGUUUCACUUAACCUCUUCAAGGUUAUCUUUGUUCAUAUCCUAAAAUACACCUUAAAGCUGAAACCAUUGGAUCCCAAUAUCCGAUUCUGAAACGCUUUAUGUUCAAAAUAUUUUUCUGAAUAUUUCUUGAGGCGACAUCAUU